AAGAAUAUUUAUUUGUUCAUGACAAUAACAGAGAGAGAGAGAGUAAAAAGGAGACUUCCAUCAACAUCGUCCACGGCCACAAUAACAAUCAGUGCCGGGCACGCAAACCAAUAAAUCAGAAUUGGGAUCCAUCCAAAUCCACAUCGUCCUCUUCUUCUUCUACGCUUUUGCUAAAUCGACAAUUAACCGAGAAGACCUCGUCUCGUCUCCAUGGAUCCUAAAAACAGAGAUUUCCUGAACCAUCUGGAAACAUACCUAGCCAAAAGAGACGGCGUAGACAAGCUCCUGAAGAUCUCUCGCUACACAACCAAGAUCAUCAUCGCCUCCUCCCUCCUCCCCGAAUCAUCCGGAUCCCUAACUCACCGCCUCAAGAGCUUCGAAUCGAGCGUCGGACUCAGCCGCAAAGCCUUCCGCCUCGGCAAAUUCGUGCAAGACAUCAACGCCCUCCGAGCCUCCUCCCCAUCUUCUCCCCCCGACUCGAGCCGCCUCGACCUCCUCCUCCUCCCGGUGAUCGCGUACGGAGGCGAAGGGCUGUACUACUUCGUCGAGCAGUUCAUCUGGCUGGCGAAAUCGGGGCUGAUCGACGCGAGACACGCGAAAUGGCUGCAGAAGAUCAGCGCGUGGGCGGAGCUCGUCGGGUACGUUGGGAGCGUUUCGUUGAAGGUUAGGGAUUUGAGGAAGAUCGAGGGAGAGAUCGAGAUGUCUCGUGAAGUUGGAGAUGAGGAGAAGAUGAAAAAGCUCAAGGAGAAGAAGACGUUGAAAGUUUUGUCGGUCUUGCAAGAUGUUGCUGAUGGGUUGAUGACGAUCGCAGAUCUUAGGGAUGGUAAGGGAGUGUUGUCGGCUCCGAGCGUGAUCUCUUCGGCAGGUUUGUUCUCUGCCGUUAUCAGUACUCACAAGAAUUGGGUUUCUUGUUGAACAUUCGUUUCCACACUCAAUAAAUGUUUUGGUUCUUGUCUGCUUUUUUUGUUACAACACUGAUGUUUUGUUUCAGUGUUUCUCUCAGAUUCAAUUGUUUAUCAGUGAGUAGAAUUGGGUUUUCAACAUAGGCAGCUUGUUUAGAUAUAUGUAAACAGAGUUGAAGAAAUACAUGAUUUAAAUCAGAAAAGAUUAAAUAAUUUUAAGCAAUAAAAACAAGCUUUAACU